GAAGCAAUUCCCACAGAAGAUUCCCAAUUAGCUUACAACUGCCUGACCUCGGUGCCUCGGAAUGCUGCAGCUGCGACCAAUGUGGUCACUUCUAUUCUUCCUUGCCUGCAAUGACAGUCGGGUGAGCUGGAUCCCAAUUGCCUACAAACUGAAAAUAGACCUUUCAUACCCUAAGAAUCCUCCCGCUGGGUACAUGCAAGCUGCGAUGAACAUAUAUGCUAAUCUCAAUUCGAUUCUGAGCAACAUCAAAAAUGGAGACUAUAAUAAUGAGCAUGACUUUCCAAGGUGUUCAUGAUGGGCAUUGUCGCUUUCGCCAGAACUUUUGAGAAAGUCAAUACUUUUUUCGCAGGCCAGUUGAGAUUGUACCCGUGAGUAGAGAUGGAAAGGAGGUACCAAAAGCAUAAGCAAAGG